GCCCCUCGGCACCGCUGAGAACGGAGCAUGGACUCCCAGGAGCUCAGCUUAGCUCCCCUCACGCAGGGCCCCGGCGACCAGGGGCCCCCCGAGGGGGCCUGGCCCAGGAGCAGGAAGCCAGAAGGGAGGAGAAACCAGGGCUGGUCCUGCUUGCUCGUCGUCGCCUCGCUCGCGGGCGCCUUCGGCUCCUCCUUCCUCUACGGGUACAACCUCUCCGUGGUGAACGCCCCAACUCGGUACAUCAAGGCCUUUUACAAUGAGACGUGGGAGAGACGGUAUGGACAGCCGAUAGACCCGGACACUCUGACUCUGCUCUGGUCAGUGACCGUGUCCAUAUUCGCCAUCGGUGGACUCGUGGGGACGCUAUUGGUGAAGCCGAUUGGAAAGUUUCUCGGGAGGAAGAACACCCUGCUGGUCAACAACAUCUUUGCGAUUUCCGCUGCACUGCUGAUGGCCUGUGCCCUCCAGGCAGGAGCCUUUGAAAUGCUGGUCCUGGGCCGCUUCAUCAUGGGCGUGGAUGGAGGCAUCGCCCUCAGCGUGCUCCCCAUGUACCUGAGCGAGAUCUCGCCCAAGGAGAUCCGCGGUUCUCUGGGGCAGGUGACUGCCAUCUUGAUCUGCGUAGGUGUGUUCGUCGGACAGCUGCUGGGCCUCCCUGAGCUGCUGGGCAAGGAGAGCACCUGGCCGUUCCUGUUUGGAGUGAUUGCCAUCCCCGCCGUGGUCCAGCUGGUGAGCCUGCCCUUCCUCCCCGAGAGCCCACGCUACCUGCUGUUUGAGAAGCACGACCAGGCGGGAGCGGAGAAAGCCUUCCAGCGGUUCCUGGGCAAGGAGGACGUGUCGCGAGAGGUGGAGGAGGUCCUGGCGGAGGACCGAGCGCAGAGGAACAUCCGUCUGGUGUCCACGUGGGAGCUGCUGAGAACCCCCUUCGUCCGCUGGCAGGUCAUCACGGUGGUGGUCACCAUGGCCUGCUACCAGCUCUGCGGCCUCAAUGCGAUUUGGUUCUACACCAACAGUAUCUUUGGGAAAGCUGGGAUUCCCCUGGAAAAUAUCCCCUACAUCACCUUGAGCACGGGCGGCAUUGAGACCUUGGCUUCCAUCUUCUCCGGCUUGGUCAUCGAGCGCCUGGGGCGGAGGCCUCUCCUCAUCGGCGGUUUUGGGCUGAUGACCCUCUUCUUUGGGAUCCUCACGGUCACGCUGACGCUGCAGGACCAGGCCCCCUGGAUCCCUUACCUGAGCAUCUUCUGCAUUCUGGCCAUCAUCGCGUCCUUCUGCAGUGGCCCAGGCGGCAUUCCCUUCGUCCUGACCGGCGAGUUCUUCCAGCAAUCCCAGCGGCCGGCGGCCUUCAUCGUGGCGGGCACCGUCAACUGGCUCUCCAACUUCGCCGUGGGGCUCCUCUUCCCGUUCAUCCAGAAAAGUCUGGGCACCUACUGCUUCCUGGUCUUUGCCACCAUCUGCUUCGCAGGUGCUCUCUAUUUAUAUUUUGUCCUGCCUGAGACCAAAAACAGAACCCAUGCAGAAAUCAGCGAGGCAUUCGCCAGAAGGAACAAGGCAAACCCACCGCAGGAGAAAAUCGGCUCAGCUGUCACGGACGAUAAGACCGGCGAAAGGCCCACACCGGACAAGAGCGCCCCAAAUGGGGCUGUCUAAAUGGACGGUCUCACCGCCCCCGAGAACCAAAGAUCCCCCUACACAUUUAAUAUUAUUAUGUAUUUAAAAAUAAA